UUUUCCACCUGUCGAGGAAGGUGACAUCCAUCGUCCCGGAGAGCUGCCUCCUCAUCCUGCUGGGGCUGGGCCUGGGUGGCAUCGUGCUGGCUGUGGCGAAGAAAGCUGAGUACCAGCUGGAGCCCAACAUGUUCUUCCUCUUCCUUCUACCUCCCAUCGUCCUGGACUCAGGCUACUUCAUGCCCAGCCGGCUGUUCUUCGACAACAUCGGCGCCUUGGCUGGCUUUGCCGGCUCACUGCUGUCUUCCCUGUCCUCUGGCCCUUGACUGGCCUGGGCCCUUGGUCCUUCUGUCCUAGCAGAUCCAGGCGUUGAAGCUGGGCUGAUGGAUUUCCUGCUCUUCGGCAGCCUCAUCUCAGCUGUGGACCCCGUGGCAGUGCUGGCCGUCUUCGAAGAGGUCCAUGUAAAUGAGACCCUCUUCAUCAUCGUGUUUGGCGAAUCUCUCCUGAACGAUGCUGUCACCGUGGUGCUCUACAAGGUCUUCAACUCUUUUGUGGAGCUGGGCCCAGCGCACAUCCGUGCCACAGACUACGUGAAGGGGGUAGCCUCCUUCUUCCUGGUGAGCCUGGGGGGCACGGCCGUGGGGCUGCUCUUCGCCUUCCUCCUGGCCCUGAUCACGCGGUUCACCAAGCGCGUGCGCAUCAUCGAGCCGCUCUUCGUCUUCCUCCUGGCCUACGUCGCAUACCUCGCUGCCGAGAUGGUCUCACUCUCCUCCAUCCUGGCAGUCACCUUCUGUGGGAUCUGCUGCAAGAAGUACGUGGAAGCCAACAUCUCCCAGAAAUCCCGCACCACGGUCAAGUACACCAUGAAGACACUGGCCAGCAGCUCAGAGACCAUCAUCUUCAUGUUUCUGGGCAUCUCGGCUGUGGACACCUCCAAGUGGGCAUGGGACACAGCACUGGUGCUGGGCACCCUCUUCUUUAUCCUGCUCUUCAGAGCUGUGGGUGUUGUCCUCCAGACCUGCGUGCUCAACCGCUUCCGUCUCAUCCCUCUGGACAGGAUCGACCAGGUGGUCAUGUCAUAUGGUGGCCUACGCGGGGCCGUGGCCUUCGCCCUGGUCAUCCUGCUGGACCCGGCAAAAGUCAAAGCCAAGGACUACUUUGUGGCAACGACCAUCGUGGUGGUGUUCUUCACUGUCAUCGUGCAGGGCCUCACCAUCAAACCCCUGGUGACGUGGCUGAAGGUGAAGCGCAGCGACCACCACAAGCCCACGCUGAAUGAGGAGCUGCACGAGCACGCCUUUGACCACAUCCUGGCAGCGGUGGAAGACAUCGUGGGACACCAUGGCUACCAUUACUGGCGGGGCAAAGGACAGGAGCCUCUGCUGGCCAUCCG